CCCCCGGUCCGGCGGCGCCCGGGAAGGAAGGGAGAGUGACCUCCGCCCCGCGCCCAGGACCCGCCUGGAGGGAGAAGCCGCCCCGCGGCCCGCAGACGGCCCCGCCGCCGCCGAGACCUGAAGCCAUCUGGAUCCCAAACCUGCCCACCUUAUAUCUCCUGCCACUGCCCUGGCCUGUGUGCCUGCCCUGUGCUGAUUCUCUGUCUAGGAAAGGACCAUGCAGCUGGAGAUCAAAGUGGCCCUGAACUUCAUCAUCUCCUAUUUGUACAACAAGCUGCCCCGGCGCCGGGCAGACCUAUUUGGGGAAGAGCUAGAGCGGCUUUUGAAAAAGAAAUAUGAAGGCCACUGGUACCCUGACAAGCCACUGAAGGGCUCUGGCUUCCGCUGUGUCCACAUUGGGGAGAUGGUGGACCCGGUGGUGGAGCUGGCUGCCAAGCGGAGUGGCCUGGCAGUGGAGGAUGUGCGGGCCAAUGUGCCUGAGGAGCUGAGCGUCUGGAUUGACCCUUUUGAGGUAUCCUAUCAGAUUGGUGAGAAGGGGGCUGUGAAGGUUCUCUACGUGGAUGACAGUGAGGGCUGUGGUGCCCCAGAGCUGGACAAAGAGAUCAAGAGCAGCUUUAACCCCGAUGCUCAGGUGUUUGUGCCCAUCGGCAGCCAGGACAGCUCCCUGUCCAACUCCCCAUCACCAUCCUUUGGCCAGUCGCCCAGCCCCACCUUUAUCCCCCGCUCUGCCCAGCCUAUCACCUUCACCACCGCCUCCUUCGCUGCCACUAAAUUUGGCUCCACUAAGAUGAAGAAGGGUGGUGGGGCAGCAAGUGGUGGGGGUGUGGCCAAUGGCGGGGCAAGUGGCCAGCAGCCACCACAGCAGCAGCCUCGCAUGGCCCGCUCACCCACCAACAACUUGCUGAAGCACAAGAGCCUCUCUCUGUCUAUGCAUUCACUGAACUUCAUCACAGCCAGCCCAGCCCCUCAAUCCCAGCUCUCACCCAAUGCCAAGGAGUUCGUGUACAAUGGCGGUGGCUCACCCAGCCUCUUUUUUGAUGGGGCCGAUGGCCAGGGCAAUGGCACCCCAGCCCCCUUUGGGAGCAGUGGGGCUGGCACCUGCAACAGCAACAGCUUCGACAUGGCCCAGGUAUUUGGAGGUGGCACUAACAGCCUCUUCCUGGAGAAGACACCCUUUGUGGAAGGCCUCAGCUACAACCUGAACACCAUGCAGUAUCCCAACCAGCCGUUUCAGCCCGUUGUGCUGGCCAACUGACCAUCCACCCGCCCUCAGAGCCAGGAGCACCCAAGACCACAGAAAAGAGAAAGGAAAGGAAAGGCCAAAAAAAAAGGAAAAGAAAAAUGUACAAAAAGAUUUUCAAUCUUCUCUCAUUUCUAGAAAAAAGAUCCAGCCCAGGCAUGGAGUGGGAGGGGGCUCCAGAAGCACCAAAUUGUGUUUAACUCAAUCCCCCUACUGUUUCCCUGCCUGCCUCUGAUUUAUUUUGUUGGUUUUGGUUUUAUAUUUCUUUUUUUUCUUUUACAUGUUUUCUAUAUAACGUCUUUAAUUAGUGGCUUCCUGUGCUAAGAAUGGUCCAGAUGUGAAUUGCUGCUUCCUGCUCCCUCCGUCCCUCUUUCACACGCCUGGUUUAAGAUUGGUGUGUCCAAGCUCACAGGGAAGGAAGAGCUGCAGCUGGGACCUGACCCUCCCCAGAAUAUGGAGAGACUGGCCCCAUCUCACUGCCUCUGUCACCCAGCUAUCCUCUCACUCAAAGCCAUCCAACCUCAGCAGGCUUUCUCAGACCCUGCCACCCAAAUAGGUCUGAUCCCAGCCCCCACUCCCUUUUAAGCUGGGCCGCAGGGAGCUGCCAACUGGUCACUUGACACCCUCCCCCUAGAGCUGAUGUCUGUGACUACAGGGAGGUUAGCACUUUGUCUAGUUGAAUUCCUUUCAUCUCUGUCCUGUGGCCCCACUCAACCAUCCCCUCCUGGCCCAGAUGACCAUCAUGGCCCUGGAGACCCAGCCAUUGACACAUGUGGCCUCUUUCUCUCAUGCAGCCCCUUCCUCCCUGGGCCUGAGGUGGAUAGGGAGGUAGGGUGUGGUUGUGUGCAUGCGCACGUUUGUGUGCAUGCCUGGUUUGCUGUCCUGUUUUAAAGGAUUCCAAGCCAUGUGGAUCCCUUCCCCUCUGGAUGUGAUUCGGGGUUGCAUCAAAUGCUCAUUUACGUAUGAGGUUGGGGAAUGGGCCAGGGGCAGGUUGUUAGUCCUUUUGUAGGGUAGUACACGUGGCGGGGUGACACUGCAGCUGAGCCUAAGACCCUCCCAGGGGAAAGCACUGCAUGAGGAACUGGUUUCCAGACUACAGAGGGAUGUGCACUUUUGUUUGUUUUUGACCAAAAAAAAAAAAAAGUUAGCUCUGAAGGGCCGAGGGAAUACUCAAGCCUCUGAUGCCUAAAAGAGGUCCCUGAACUUUGACUCUCCUGUCAUGUGACCUUAGCCCAGAGUGGGAGCUGCUCACCCAAGCACCCUUGGGUGGGUGAGAGGCUGGGGCAGGAAGGCAGGAUGGGUGUUUGGAGUCAGUGCCUGUAGUAGGCAGUCCUGAGCCUUGAAUUGAGACUUUUUGGUCUUUUGGUUGUAGAUGUUAUUUUAGUACAUUUGUGCCCCUGCCUGAUUGAGAGCUUCUCGGUACCUCUUGCCAUCCCCUUUCAUUGCCCUGACCCAACCCCACUGGACCUUGAUGCUGCGAGGAGUGGUCUCUUGGGCAAGCCAGGCUGGACAGGCACUUGGCCCUCCUGGCCAUGUGUUUGGAUUGUGUAAGAGCACUCGCUCCCCUUCCUCUACCAGAGAGAGGUUGUUUCUCCCAAUCCUAGGGGGCCAGCUUCCACGCCAUAAUGCUUUGGCAAGCGGGGCACUUGGCAUCGGGACCCAAUACCAGGAAGCACCAAAGCCCCUCACCACACCCCAUUCUCCCCAGGGACCCCAAGUGGGCAACUGCUGUGGCAGUGGGUCUGGCCCAGACUUGACACUGCCAGCCUCCUCCCUGUAAUGGGCACCAGCUCUACCUCCCCCAGCAGGGCAAUGCUCUGGCUUUUCUCGGCCCACCACCAUCUGUCCCCCUAGGCUUCUCAGGGGCCAGCUCAGUCUGGGCUACCCUUUCCCCAGUCCUCGUUCCCACACAGGUGACAGGUCCAAGCAGAUAGCGUCUCUCUGGGAAUGGUUGGAUGCUGCCUUAUCCCUCCUUCCAGCCCCUACCCACACACGCACACAGGUACCCACCCACGCCCAGGUCGGCUUGUUUCUCACCAUGUGUAGGGAGGGGGAAGACCAACCCCUCUGUAUCUGUUGAAAUACAAAGAAAACAUGUUCAGGAACAUGACUCCAUCUCUGGGCUCUUGGGCCCAGUUUAGUCUGUCUUGUCUCAAAUCUAGGCAUUUUUGCUUCAAUUUUAUUUUUUUUAAGAAAAAAACAAAAAUCUGCACUAAAUUACCUGGUUUCAUAGGAAAACUUUCUUUUUCAUUUUUUACAUUUUUUGGUGUCCGUUUGUAUUGAAUAAUUUGCUACAUUUGUAAAAUGUAAGAGGUAUAUAUAAUAUAUGUAUAUUUCUAACGUAAAAAACUGUAAUUUUUUUCUUUUCAAGAUUUUUUCUUAAAAAGAG